CUCAUUGGAGGAACAUCCAGGAAUCUGUCUCAUUGAUUAUAUGGGAGCUGUUCCACACUCAGAUAGUAAGAACUGUAGAUGAUGCUGCCUGGCUUGCUGUGUUCCUUCAGCUCCACACUGUGUUAUCACUGUCAGGCUGUUUACUCUCAACAUGUGAGAGAUGGUCAAGCGGCAGUACUGACACUGGGAGAGAAUUUCACCGACAGAUUCUCCUCCGUUCAAGGAAGCAGCACAGGCAAGUACCAAGAAUCCAAUAACAAACUGGGGGGAGUUAGUGAAAUGAUGAGGAAGAAUCACAUUCAAUAGGUUUAAACUAAAUUACAGCUCAACUUUAAAGACCAACAAGUGAUUUCCCCAUAUUGUUUAGAUCUCUUCAAGUUCUGAACGAAAUCAAAGCACUAACUUUGAAGGGUAAGGAGUGCCGAAGUUUUCGUUUUGUGUGAAACCUGAAAUACGGAAGUGUCAUUGCGGAAAUGAUUAGUAACACAAGGUGGGUCUUGGCGGCAUUGUUUGGGGUCGGACACAACCAAACACAACCAAAUGAGACUCUGGCCUCUCCUCCCCUUUCUGAGCAGGGCUCUCAGGAAUCGCUGGGCAGUCAGACGGGGAAAGCAGUGAAAGACAGUCAAGGAGGAUGGGAGGAGCCAGCUCCAGUGAUCAGAUGGCUCAGUCUUCAAAGACUUUCUGCUACACUCAGGAAGAGCUCAACAAACAAAAGUCUGACAAUGAAACUUUGCGGGUAGCGAAGGCUACACUAUUGCAGAAGAAGAUAAAUGAUCUAGAUUCUACAGAGCUGAACAUUGCAGUGACAGGAGAAUCAGGCUCAGGGAAAUCAACCUUCAUCAAUGCCAUGAGGGGCCUUCGGAGCGAUGAUGAGGGAGCUGCUGAAACUGGUAACAUUGAAACAACAAUGGAGCCAAUUGGGUACAAAGAUCUCAAAAUGUCAAAUGUCCGUUUCUGGGAUCUGCCGGGAAUUGGAACAACAAGAUUCCCAGCAGAUAAAUAUCUGAGGGAAAUGAACUUUGAGACGUACAAUUUCUUCAUCAUUAUCUCACACUGCCGGUUCAGAGAAAAUGAUGCAGAACUUGCCAAAGAAAUUAGACGGCUUGGGAAGAAAUUCUACUUUGUUCGAUCUAAAAUUGAUAAUGAUAUCAAAUCAGUGAGAAAUCAUUGCACAAUAUUUAAUGAAAAGGAGGAACUGGCGAAGAUCAAGAAUGACUGUGUCAAAAAUUUACAACAGGCAGGGAUCCCAUCACCCAGUGUUUUCCUGAUAUCAAAUUUUGAUCAGUGCCUUUAUGAUUUUAAUCUGUUAAAACAUUACAUUAUAAUGGACAAUUUAUCCCACGGAUCUGUUUCCCCAUUUAAUUAGAUCAUGGCUGAUCUGCGUUUAUUUUUAUCUAUUCCUGUUGGUUCUGUAACCCUUCAAACUCUUACUAAACAAAACCUAAUUUCAAUUUUGAUAGUUUCAGUUGACCCCCAGCUUGAAUAAUGUUAUGGUAUGAGGGGAGUGGCCGGAGUUCUACAAUUCCACUUCCCCUUGUUUAAGCAAGUGCUUCUUGACCUCAACCCUGUUGGACAAAGACUAAUUUUAUGUUGAUGCACCUCUCUUUCGACUGUCUCACCAGAACAGUAAUUUCCUUUUAUCCAGCCUUUCAAAUCCUUGAUUCAUCCUUUAUUUAGAUGGGGAGAUGGGGAUAUUGUGGUAAUAACAAAGGAUAAGUAAUCCAAAACCCCAAGUUAAUCUUUGGGGACUUGGGUUCAAAUCCCAUGAUGGCAGAUGGUGAAUUUUGAAUGCAAAAUGAACUUUAAAGGUAGCUUAAUGGUAACUGUGCAACUACUGUUGAUUGUUGGAGAAAACGCAUCCAGCUCACUACUGUCCUUUCCUGAUCUGGCCCAGAUGAGACUCCACACACACGGCAAUUUGGCAUUAAACUGUCCUCCAGGCAAAUUUGGGCAAUAAAGGCUGACUGAGCUAGCGAUGCCAAUAUCCUGUGAAUGAAUGUGAAAAAUUUGAGAAAUAAACUAGCAAGGCUGUAUUGGGAAUGGUACUGAGUAUAUUGUUCUUGCAGAGGGCCAUCACAGACUCAACAGGCUGGAUGGCCUGUUCCUGUGUCAUAACCAUUCAAGGUCAACUAGAUCACCUGUUAGUUUUCUUUUAAUUCAAGGAAACACAGGUCUAUGUUAUAUUAUCCUCAGAGCUCAAUCUCUUUUUCUGCCAUGGUAUCUUUCCACUGAAUCCCACCAACCCACUCCUGAGGUAUAGGACAUAGAACUGUUGGCAGUUUAUCCAGCUCAGGUCUGAUCAGAGCUCUGCAUGAUUGAAGUAAACUUAAAAUCCUGUUGACAUAAAGACAAAAAUUUGAUUAGUCUUUUUUUUGUACCUGUCCACUGACUGUAGGAGAGAAUCUUACAGAGAUGAUAAUCUUUCAGGAGACAACAGAGUUUGAGGCAUGUGGCAAUUUUAUUGACAUAGUCCGCCUCGAUGUGAGGGUUCAAUUACCAUCUUGAUCUGCAGCUCAGAUCAGAAGAAACUGACACUCUAAUUUCAAUUUCAAGUAAAAUGUCUUUUAUAUAUUUUUCUUGAAACAUUAACAUGGUGGCACACACUCUCUUCCCAUGUAUACUAUUAGUUAAUUAGAUCUGGGUCAGCUAUGAUUGGGUUUCUAGUCCAUCAUUCAAUUAGUAAUCUUGUUGCUUUAAUCUGAAUGGCCCCUUUUGCUAUGUGGGAAACUGAACUUUCCAUGGCUGCUUGUAACUUUUUCUGUCUCAACUAGAACAGAUAAGGAAGGCCCCUUACAAUUAGUUUUAAACCUUUCUUUCUAAUAUUUUAGUGAUUAGUGUGUCUGUAAAAACUAUAUAUAUCCUUCUAUAACACCUUGAAAUCUAUAUCUAUGAUUACCUUAAGAAUCUUAAUUAAAACCUAUUUGUAGUAUUAUAACUGAUUGAAUAGAAAAAGACUUAAAUAACUAAUUGGUAUGAAAUGUUCUUAUCUUUAGGGUAGCAAAGAAUGUUCCAGAUUCAAUCUUACUGAGGAACAGAUUGCUAUUGUACUCUGUGCUGAGAACACAUUAAAAAAGCAUUUCUCUCACUUUAUAAUUUCUAUUAAACAUGUACUGCAAAGUUUGUUGGGGCUGUCAUCAGCCAUUUUUGCUGUAUGGUCAUGGGGCAGCCCUAACCCUAACCUUCAGUGAAUUGUGUACCUGAACCUAGUUCUCUGCUUCGCACCAUGUAAAGAAUAUUGUUGUCCUUAAAUCUCAAAACAUUUUCACGUUGAACGCCAUGCACUGGUUUUGCCAACUGUUCCUAAUUUCAUCUGUUAAUUGUUCAACCCAAUUUACUGUACUCCUUUACUGUCACAUCAUUCCAAAUUCAGCCAGGUGAAAAAUUAAUACUGUGAUACAUGA